CCCCAUUCUCCGUUCAAAGCACGCCAUAAAUUUUUUCAGUUCCCGUUGGUGACAACAGCGCGCUCCCUCUUCUCCGUUGACGCCCCACCUCCCUUUUAAUCUCAGCCGUCCAAUUCCUCUCCAAAUAUCAAAGAAGCCCCCCCUCCCAAUUUCUCACCCACCCAAAAUUAACCAUAUUCAAUUCCCAUCUCAAGUCCUCCGCUCCCCCAUCUUUUCCCAAAUCCCACACAAAUCCGCCAGCGGCGAAAAGAAAUCCAUGGCCACAGUCCCUCCCCCCACCGGCGCACGAUAGCUGAACCCUCUCGAAACGUGCGCCUUUAAUGGGCCAAUCCAGCUCAGCGCCAUCGAGAUCCUCCUCCUCCCUCAGCUCGCCGCCCCAGAUCACACGCCAAAAGUAUGGUUCAUGCGACUCCCGCCGCCGCAGGAGGCGCUACGGCGGGGCAGGCGCUGACCGCGCACGCGACACACGCUCGACAAUCCCCGACGAGUGCCUGCUGAUCUUCCAGUCUCUUUCCUCCGGCGAUCGAAAGCACUGCUCGCUUGUAUGCAGGCGGUGGCUCGCCGUCGACGAGAGCCGCCACCGCCUCUCCCUGGACGCUCGCGCGCUGCUCUCGUCGACGCGAUCCGCGAUCUUUGCUCGGUUUGACUCCGUCACGAAGAUCGCGCUCAAGUGCGACGCCGAUCUGAUAGACAUCGGCGAUGGCGCGCUCGACGUCAUCUCUCGGCGCUGCCCUAAUCUUAUCAGGUUAAAGCUGCGAGCUUGUAGAGAGAUUACCGAUGUUGGAAUGGCCGCGCUCGCUGCUAAUUGUAAGAGUCUCAAGAAGCUUUCUUGCGGAUCUUGCACUUUUGGCGCCAAAGGGAUCGACGCCGUUCUUCAAGGCUGCGCUUUUCUGGAGGAGAUCUCGAUUAAGAGGCUCCGGGGGUUGACCGAUGCCGCCGCCGAAUCGAUUGGACCCGGCGCAGCUGCAAAAUCUCUUAGAUCCGUUUGCUUGAAGGAGUUGUAUAAUGGACAGUGUUUUGGUCCGUUGAUUGCUGGAUCGCCGAACCUUAAAACCCUAAAAUUGUUCAGGUGCUCUGGAGAUUGGGAUCGGUUGCUUGAAGAGAUUGCUGAGAACGCGCGGGGGAUUGUUGAGAUCCAUUUGGAGAAGCUCCAUGUCAGCGAUCGCGGGCUGUUUGCUUUGUCUCUGUGCUCUGAGAUUGAAGUUCUUCAUCUUGUUAAGACUCCUGAGUGCACUAAUCUAGGGCUGAGCUCGGUCGCGGAAAAGUGCAGGCUUUUGAGGAAGCUACAUAUCGAUGGAUGGAAGACGAAUCGAAUCGGUGAUGAAGGGCUCAUAACUGUGGCCAGACGUUGCCCUAAUCUUCAAGAAUUGGUUUUGAUUGGUGUUAAUCCGACAGGGGCAAGUUUAGGGCUCAUAGCUAGCAACUGUAAAAAUCUGGAAAGAUUAGCUCUUUGUGGAAGUGAGACAUUUGGGGAUGCUGAGAUUUCUUGCAUUGCCUCAAAAUGCAUAGCUUUGAAGAAGUUGUGCAUUAAAGGGUGCCCGGUCUCUGAUCAGGGUAUGGAGGCACUUGCUGAAGGAUGCCCGAAUUUGAUAAAGGUGAAGGUGAAGAAGUGUAGGGGAGUUACACCGGAGGGUGCGGAUUGGUUAAGGGCAAGCAGGGAAUCAUUGGCUGUCAAUUUAGACUCCAUUGUGCAGAUGGAGAUGCAAGAUAUGAGUCUAAGUGAGAAUGGGAUGAUUGAAAUUGGUGCAGGAGAUCAAAUCGAUGGAGUGGCUCAGCAAAUGGACGACAUUGAUAUGCCGUCAACAAGCAAUGGUAGGUCAUCACCAUGGAAGAACAAGAUGCUACUUUUGUCGGGGAAGAACUUUUUUGCUUCGACUCUUAGGAGAUGGGGCAAGGGGGAUGGCGGCAGCAGCAGCUGACAACAAUGGAAAUCAAUUUCACUUGUCAAAGUUCUCAGCUGACUCAGUCAAGCAAGAUAUUGGCUUUAUUGUUGUAAUUUAAAACCAAAGUCUUUCAUCUUUUCUUUUCGGAGGACAUGGUUUUUGUUAUCAAAGUGACUGCAAAAUUCUCAACUAUUUUGUGCUUUUUCGAAUUGUAGUAACCUGUUGAAGUUCUUUUACUUGCUAGGUCUUUAGCUGGCUCAGUCAAGCUAUAGAUAUAGGUUUUAUUGUUGUAAUUUAAAAUCGAAGCCUUUCAUCUUUCCUUUUUUGGAGGACAUGGUUUUGGUUUUCAUAGGGACUGCAAAAUUCUCAACCAUUUGUGUUUUUUUUGAAGUGUAGUUAUUGAUUUUUCUUCUCUUUGAGCUCAUACAUAUCAGAUUGGCAUUUUAAGUAAAGCAAUAUGGCAUUUGCUUUGCUGAGCA